GAAAUUGUGGUGAAACUUUCAUUCGAUUAAAGUUUUGACGAUAAAAUAUACAACAUCGGUUAUCGGAGUUUAUAAACUGUUAUCAUUUUUCUCAAACAAAAACAAACAUUACUGAUGGGAUUUAAUUAAAUCUGUAAAUAUGUUCACACUUUCUAUUAGCUUUUAUGGAUUAACUUGAAGCUCCACAUAAUGUAUAUUUCCCUAAAUAUAUUUCAUCUACUUAUUAUCAUAAUUAUGCAUGUUGGGUUUGACAGUAUUCAAAGUCGUUCAUAUCAGUCAAUGGAUUUUGAACGAAUGUUCACAGGAAGACACAUACUGUCAUCCGACUGGGAGGGCGCUCCAUCAUUUUAUUCACCCGGUGGUAUGACACCAGACAAUGAACCUCGUGCCCCUAUUUAUUUGGAAUUAAUACACAAUCUUACAUCGGUGAAUGGCGCCUCAGGUAUUUGCGGUGUCUGUGCACGCAUAUAUCGUGUUUUGUAUAUGACUCAAUUAAAUGCUGCUGAAGAGUGCCGACGCCAUCACAAUUCAAGACAAGCCGCCUUUGGGGAUAUAACGGAAUUUUACCACACUCUGGUGAAAAGUGGAAGACUGAAUGGGACUAUCGAAUUUCCUUUGGCGGACAAAUUUUUAAGAUUCACCUUCCGAACAACGAUUUUACAUCUAGCCUCUCGGGGAAGUGAACCUGGUUUAAUGAUCGAAGCUGGCUCUGAUACAAAACACGUGUUAUGUGUCCAGUCAAUUAAAUGUCCAGAACCUGUUACGACAACUACUGCACCUACCACAGAGCCUUCAACAACAACAACGUUAACUGCAAUCCUAGCUGGUUCAAAUAAUCUCUCCGUCUUAUCGUUGGCAUCUAAUUCAGUGAGUCAUAGUGUUAUCGGUUCAUCUGGAAAUGGAAACGAUGAAAACAACGAUCGCAGCUCUUCUGCAUUUUGGGACACUUUGCUAUCUGGCACUGAACCUAGGAGCUGGUUUCUCGCUACCAUCUCACUGGCUAGCUUAUGUCUAAUUCUCAUAAUCGUGCUCAUUAUAACAUGGUUGUAUAUAUGUCGCCUCCGUAGGCUGUACAAUCGAAGGCGUUGUCAUGGGACGUGUCGUUUUGGCUGUCGCUGUCCACCAGAAAUUGUUCGGCAGACGGCAGCCGAGGCUGCAGUAUGUGGUCCCUUAAGUCUACAAACACAUCAACCAUUUACAAACGCAAUGUCACCUCAGGGAAAUGGUUCUGUCAGAAGUGGUAGUGGAUUUGGAAACACUUUAUACACUGGUGGGACAUUAAACUCAGGCCGAUGGGGUUCAAAUGGCAACAAAAUUGGCUCUCCAUUGUACGUGGCUAUGGGUUCUGCACCUGACAAAGCUGCUUUAUUGAAUGCUGGAUGCACUACACCUAACUGCAUACUUGAAAUGUCUGGAGGUUUACCAAUAGUUAAUACAAUGGAUGGAUGUAGUGGAUCAUGGAAUCAAACAAGUGGGAAAUUUAGAAAUCCUCGUCUGCGUCCAAAAAGAACGUCACAAGACGCUUUAAGACGAAGCACGAGUGAAGGCUCUAGUGUGUCAGGUGCGACAGGCACAGCAGGAGCCAAUAACAGUGCAACAGGAGUAGACCAGGGUUCUUUUGUUUUCCGUUCAGGACAAGCUGAUGGAACUAUAUCAAAUAUUCUGCCUGCUAUGGUUGUAAGCAAUACAAACGCUGGUCAGCGUGGAAAUGAAUCAACAGGAGCUGUCUAUCUACAGACUGGUCCGAAUGGAUAUAAUUACUCGGAUAGCGGUAGAGGUAGUGGGAUAAGUCCAGGUUAUUCGCAUUCACCUACACAUAUGAACAGUCGAAAGACUAAUGACAGGACAUAUUUCAACAGUAACAGUAAUAGUGGUGGUAGUAGUAAUAAUAAUAACAUUCAGAAUGGCCUGAUUAAUUCCAAAGGUCCAAUUAAUAUGGAUGAAGAAGUUGAAAGCAGAUGUGAUAUGAAUUAUUUAGGCAAUCAAGCAAACAAAAUCCUAUCCAAUUUACAGUCGGAUCAUUGUACAGAUUUCAAUAAUUUCAAUUCAGAAUCCCACAAUAUACCACUACUUCAUUUGAAUCGUGGUUCUGAAGCGGAUUUAUUGAAUAUUACUCCUCCAUCGGGAUUUUACGACUUCAAUCAUAACAAUAAUAACAAUGGCACUAAUGGAAUGAUAAAUUCUGAUUCGGGUUAUCUGGCUAAUUCGAAUCUGACAAGUAGUAUGCUUACAGCAUCCCCUCGUCAACAAUCACAUCACAUACAUCAAAAUCGUUUGAUAUCUAGUCCAAAUAGUUUUGGUCGACAAAUAUUCAACCAACUGCCACCAUCAUCAGGAGGUUUACCACCUCAUUCAGCUGGUUUAAUUGGUAAUAAUACUGCUACCUCUUCGCUGUAUCCAAUUCAUGGAAGUCCAACUAGUCAAAAUGAAUGGCAUAAUCCAUCAUCAUUUACAAAAUGUAACUUACAGAAUGGUGAAAUGGUUGGUGGUACAGAUGAAGAAUUCAUCAAUAGUUGUUCAUCUAUUGUACUUCCACCUAAUAAUGUAUCUGAAAUCUCUAAUACAGGAACAGCAACAAGAAUGCGUAAAUAUAUGUCACCUAAUUAUAAUGACAAUAGUAAUGGAGUGAUUAGACCGUUGGUCUCAAGACCACACUUUUCUGAUUCUUUGCAUCCUGCAGUUAAUCAUUAUCAACAUCAUUCUCAUAUUAAUGAAAAUAAUAUGACAACAAUCAAUAAUAGAUCAUUUCAUAAUUCCGAUGAUACUACUCAUCUAAAUGGAACAUUAUCAUCAUCUUCAAAAGUUAAUCAAUUAUGCACUGCUGUAUCAGAGCGUAUGUUGUAAAUUCGAUUCUUUACCCAAGUGUAGUUAAAUGAACUGCAGGAUUUAUAGUAUUUCUAGGAAGUAUUCUUUCUUUAAAUAUUCAUUUCGCUUUAAAAUAAUCUUAGAUGCUUUUGAACACAUCAAAGAAAGUAGUCAUAUCUUAUUUUAAAAAAAUGAUUAUUAUCACUCUUAAGUUUACCCUUUCUGCAUUUUGUUUCAAUCAUCCAUUAUUGUGCGUUAUAAAUCAUCAGAAUUCUAAAAUAGCCUAUAAUUAUGAUUAGAAUCCUGUUUUCUUUUCCUAUGAUUAUGUAAUAACGAAGUAUUAUUCAUUAUGAUACCAAUGGUUGAGAAAAAUGGGCGAAUUUGUGUGUAUGUGAUGGACUCUUCCCUGCUUACAUUUUAAAACGCGUUCACAUCAUUUCUUACCUUACUACGUAUACAUAUGUCAUUUAUUUGGAGUGCUGAUUAAAAUAAUUAUCAUUUGUACAGUUAUAUUGUCUAUGAAAUUAUAUUCCCUGAUGUCAAUGGCAUUUCUUGAAAGUGAUUUUCGCUUCAACUAGGGCACAAGUCGCCUAAACAUUUACAUAGACAAGUUUACAUGGGAAUGCAUACUUGAGUACUUCUUUGGUAUCCAUUCUAUGCAUACUUGCAUUUAUGGGAAUGAAAUCUGAUGUUCGAUUUUUUUCUUAUGUCAUAAGGAGGAUUAUGUUUUUAGAAAAUAUUAUUUCAUCAGUAUAAUCAUGUUCAGAUCCGAAUACUGGCAUUAAUAGGGAAAAAUAACUACAAUAUACUGUUCAAUUUAUAUGAUUAUGCAAACACUAUCGUCAAAGUAAUAAUCUAAAUAAAGUAUGCAUGAUGGGUGAUCUUGUUUUUAUCAAAACAACGAUUCAUUUCGUCAUUCAAUUUUCAAUUCCAUCGUCUUCAUUUUGUUUACUAGUUUUGUUGGCUAGCUUAUUCAGGAUUUUGUGUGAAAAGAGACAUUGCUUUUCAUUUAUCUGGUUGUAUGCUAAAUUUGCUGAUCAAAAACCUACUUCUGUUAUGUAUGUUUGUGUGUGGUGCGCACGUGUAUGUGAAUCCAUUCGCUUCAUGAUCGUUCAUCUUAACUUAUAUAACUAUUUUCGAUUUCCCUUUCCUAUGUGUACAUGAGUAAUUUCAUUCAUAAUUGGCUUCAAGUUUUGUCUUGUUCGACGUUCUUGUUGUCAUUAUUCUAAAUGCUGUUGAUCAUGAUUAGGUAUCUGUAAAAAGUAACUUAUGGUUAAACGAUAAACCAAACGACUCCAGUUUAUGAAAUAAAGACUUUUUGAUUAAAUUUCUUAACGUCUUUCAGUAUACACUGACUAGCAUACCAAAGAUGAAAAGAUUUGGAAAGGAACCAUUCCAGCGGUAAUAGUUCGCUGACAAAAAAGAUUUCUCACUAUCGUCGAUUAGAAUAAAACUCAGCUGUACUUACUGGUGACAGAAACAAGAUGCACUUAAGAUCCUUCUCUUCUGCCACAUGACAUUACUGUUUUGGAGAUUUUGUCUGAUGAUAAACCCAGGUAUCAUUCAUUCAGUGUUGACAUAAUGAUUUCAAUACAAGGAGAUGGCUAGUUGAAAGCUUUUACUUCGAUUCAAGUAUAAGUGAAUUAUAAGACAUGCAUAACACUGUUAAUUUUCAUCAAUUUUUCAGAAACCAUCCUGAAACACUCAUCAAACCCUUAAAACUACUGUUUAAAUGGAAACUUAGAAGUGGAUCAACAAAGAAAAAUGAAAUGACGCCAAGAAUUGUUCAAUAGGUUCAUUGUUCAUUCACAACAGCUUUUCACAUUGCAUUCUAGAGGUUUUAUAGUAUAGCCAGUGAAUUCUCAGGAUUUAUGCACAGAUGAUGGAGGUAUUAUGAAAGGACAGUAUUUGAAUAAAUAAAACCAAUUGUAAUAUAAGAUACUAGAUGACUUUUGAAAAAUCUAAAUCAAGUGAAGACUUGAAUCGAAAAACGCGGUACACAGUUUAGUUGGAGUACAUACAUUCUCAUCAUAUAAAUAUUUGAAGAAACUAGCCAAGUAUACGAGACUCAAGUCAUAUUCCAAUUAUUUUAGACAACAUAUGAGAAAGUUUUAACCUUGUUUCAUUCACAGAUAAUAAGUUUCAUUCAUCAUUUUGUUUGACUAUAUCUAUCGAUUUUUUAUUGACCAAUGAAAUGUCAAACUUUAUUUCAAUUUAUUAUCAAUAUAUAACUCAAUAACCAUAAGUAAAUUAUUGUAGUAAGCCAAGAAUUACACUUCCUCUUUAGGGAUAAAACACAAACUGAUUACUGAAAUCUCGGUAAAUAAAGUCAAAUUUGAAAGUCCAUUGGGUUACAGCUGCACGAAUUUUUCGAAUUUAUCCUUGAUCAUACUUGUAAUCAGUCAAACGUUAGUUAAUUUAUUUCUUGAAUUUUGUCUAGCUUUUGAUGAACUCUACACUUGGAUCAUCGGCGUAACACAUGGGUGGUUUAUGAAAGAGACAGUUUGAUUUUCAUAAUAAUAUUAUACCUUGGGCAUGAAUAUAAAUUAAGUAGGGCUAAAAACUCGUCGUUAGCAGUCGACGGUGAACGCACUGUAUCAUGAAUAGGCAUAUGUAGGGUAAUAUCAAAUACCGGAUUUCAAAAUCAUUGCUGAACGGUAAGGCAUCAGCCAAAAAACCUAAUGAUCAUGCAUCUUGGGUGUGUACCGUCGCAGACUUAAAAUAUGACGAAGAAUCUGUCCAGCACUUUCAGUUUUUCAAUGAUUAUUUGUCCAGUGCCAAUCAACAUUGGAAUUAUAUAUCUUUCAAGUUCCGAUGAAGUUUGGCUGUAAGCGAAAUCCAAAGCCAAACUACCGCAGGUUUAUAAAUUUUAAACCCACACUGUUCUCGUCAGUAAUAUAGCUGAACUGAAAAGUGACAAAAAGAAAACCACAGGCAAAUGGACACGUAACCUCCCUAGUUUAAUAACUUCACCCGUCACUAGCCGGUCCCAAAACCGGAUAAAGAGGGAAGGUUGGGCAUACGGUUAACAACCCUAACCCCGAAAACAAAUCCAACCACUUAAGAAACUCCAAAGC